ACAGAAACCAAAAACAGCACGCUGUUUUAGAUACACCAAAACUCUCUCUCUCAGAGACAGAAACGAAAAAGAUGCAGAUUUUCGUGAAAACCUUAACUGGAAAGACCAUCACUCUUGAGGUUGAGAGCAGUGACACCAUCGACAAUGUCAAAGCCAAGAUCCAGGAUAAGGAAGGCAUCCCUCCUGACCAACAGAGAUUGAUUUUUGCUGGUAAGCAAUUGGAAGAUGGUCGAACUCUUGCAGAUUAUAACAUUCAAAAGGAGUCAACACUUCACUUGGUUUUGAGGCUGAGGGGAGGAACUAUGAUUAAGGUGAAGACUCUUACCGGGAAAGAAAUUGAGAUUGACAUCGAACCAAAUGAUACCAUUGACCGGAUCAAGGAAAGGGUUGAGGAGAAAGAGGGAAUCCCCCCUGUGCAACAAAGGCUUAUUUAUGCUGGGAAGCAGCUUGGAGAUGACAAAACAGCUAAAGACUACAACAUUGAGGGUGGCUCUGUCCUUCAUCUGGUGCUUGCUCUAAGGGGUGGCAAUCUUUAAGUAUAUUUCUCGGUUUCAAGCUCAGAGCUGCCUUUGAGCAAAGGCCCAAAGGGCGAUGGUUUCAAAUCCGGGCAGGGCCUAAAAAUAUUUUAUUUGUAUUUGUGGAAAAUAUUAGAAACGAAAGGCCCAAAAAGUUAAAAGAUCAAAUGUAAUCAAUGCUCUAAUUCAUCUGUUCUGACUUCAAUCGUCCAGCUCCGUGGUUUCUUUCUUCUAUUGAUGUCUUCAAAGUUUAAACUUUUUAUACUCAAAGAUUGUCACCAUGUUGAACUCUGGCACAUUAACUCGAACCCAUGAUCCAUUAAAAUCAAAUUAACAAGUUAGAAUUGAGUGGUCUCUCUAAAUCCUAGCCUCCCUUCUCUCUCUCAAACCUCUUUUGUUGUGUUCUGGUGUGGGGGGAGGAGGUCACUCCUCUCUCCUUUCCUCACCACCCCACUUAUUUUUCCCUUCCCUAUCUACUGGAUUCGGGGAUUUAAUUGUGGGGAGGUUACUUGUGUUUAGAUCUGCUUGAAUUUAUGGUUUUGUUGGUUGGUGUUUUAGUUUUAAGGUGACUCUGGCUGCAAUCUCAGUGGUGUUCUUUGUCUCCAAGGCGACGACAACAUUUGUGGUGGCGGUGGCAACAACGACAAUAAUGGCUCUGUUGAUUUUUAGUUGUGUGUUUGCAAUUUUCUUAUUUUGUAAUAAUUG